GUGAGCAGCAUCAGUUCAUUCUGUUUAAUCACAUUCGUUCUAAUAACUAAUUAACUGUUAUAAUACAUUAGCAACUAUUUCAUAUACUGUUCACAACUAGGGGAAUCUAGUGGAAUCAAAUGCUACCAACCAGACACCACCGUUCUAAAAGUUUCUAACUAACAUAAAUUCAUAAAUUGUCCGUCUACAUUGUGGCGGUCGUGUUGAUUGUCUGUAACUUUUUCGUUGUUUAUUUCUCAAAAAUACCAACUCCCUAUUAAAUUUUCACUGAUUAUAUUCGAUUAUUAUGACCGAGGAGCACAGUCCUACACUUGCUCUCAGGGGGUUUAGAAUUCAGAAAAAAGGACAACUUUCUCACCAGUCAAGUGAGACAUUGGACACUUCUUCGCAAAGCCCAGUUGUAGUGGGAGUUGCUGGAAGACAGCAGCUGACAAAUCAUUUUAGUGAUUCCGACUCCGAAAUUGAAAAUCAAAGAGUGGAGCAUCACAUGGACGUGUUAGAUCCAAAGCAAACUACUCAGGGGCCUCCAGUAUCAGCUGCUGCUGCUGCUACUACUAUUUCAAAUGUGCCUCCGGUCACUAGCGCAUCCCAAAAAAACGGGAUGUUUCGAAACAAGAACCCUGGUGUACUCGAGAAGGAGAAGCAAAUGAAGUUCCUGCUCGAGAUUUUCCCUAGUCUUGAUGCAAUGAGAAUCCACGACAUUCUAUCAAAGCACAGUUUUAAUACUGACGCUGCGGCUGCAGAAUUAUCCCGAACAUACUCUAGGACUAUUCAGCAAAGUACUUACAGCAAAUGGAGAGAGGAAUAUGAUAAGAACGCCAAUCAAAAAUCAGUGGAUAACGCACAAAAACGGUAUGCGGUGGGAGAGCCCAGUGGGAACAAGAGAAAGAAAGUCAAACGAAGACGAGAAGAAUACGACAGUGAUGAAAGUACGGGAAGUCGUAAUGAUUUUAAAGAUAGACGAGUAUUUGAUAGUGAUGAUGAAGAUUCGGAUGCUGAAAUUAGUGACGAACUGACUGGGGACAAAAAGAAAGUGAUAGAGUUUUUUGAAACAGCCACUUUGAAUGAAUUACAACUAAUGCAGUAUUGUUCCAAGAAAAAAGCAGAAGCUCUCAUUGAUUGCCGACCUUUUACUGGCUGGAUAGACUUAGUAACAAAACUGCAAAACAAUAAAAGUUUGAGUACUGAUCUGUUAAACUCAGCCCAACAAGUAUUGAUUACAAGAAAUAACAUCAGACAUUUGAUGAAGAGAUGUACGAGUUUAGCACAACAAAUGGAAAGGGCCUUUGCUGCUGGUGCAGGUGUUAAGGAGCAACCCAGAAAUCUGUCUUCAUCACUGAGAUUAACUGCAUACCAAAUGGUUGGAUUAAAUUGGUUAGCGGUCCUAAAUUGUCAGCGAGUGAACGGCAUAUUAGCUGACGAAAUGGGCUUAGGAAAGACCAUUCAAAUAAUCGCCUUUUUAGCUUAUUUGAAAGUAACGGGUCAAGCCCAAAAUACACAUUUAAUUGUUGUGCCUUCAUCAACGUUAGAUAAUUGGAAAAACGAAUUGGGAAGAUGGUGUCCCGAACUGAGGGUAUUUAUGUAUUAUGGAAGCACUGAAGAACGGAGGGGUUUUAGGUUCGAUUUAGCUAAAGGAAUGUUAGCCGACUUUGACGUUAUUCUUACAACCUAUACCAUGGUAGGAAAUAGUCCUGAAGAGAGGAAAAUGUUUAGAGUAACUCCUCUUCAUUAUGUUAUAUUCGAUGAAGCUCACAUGCUGAAGAACAUGAACACUCAGAGAUACGAAAACCUAAUUAGAAUAAAUGCCAAACACCGCAUAUUACUAACAGGUACUCCCCUACAAAACAACCUGUUAGAAUUGAUGUCACUUUUAAUUUUCGUAAUGCCGAAGAUGUUCGCUGAAAAAACUGUUGACUUGAAAAAUCUUUUUCAAAAAAAUUCCAAAGCAAAAGAUGAUGAGAGUGUACCCGCUUUUGAAAAAGAGCAAAUCGAACAAGCGAAAAGAAUUAUGAAACCAUUUGUUUUAAGAAGGCUUAAAAGAGACGUCUUGCAAGAUUUGCCGAAAAAGACAGAUUUGGUUGUUACGGUUGCAAUGGUUCCAACCCAGAAAGAGCAAUAUGGGCAAUUGGUUGCUUCGUAUAAAAAUAUUAGCGAAGGGAGGAAUACAUACAACGGUAUGAGCAUAAUGACUGAUUUGCGAAAAUUGAGUAACCAUCCGUUGUUGAUGCGCUAUCAUUACGAUCUAGAUCAGCUGAAGGAAAUUGCAAAGCUUUUAGCGAAAGACCCAGGCUACAAAGAUACUGUAGUAGAAUAUAUUGUAGAAGAUCUGAAGUGGAUGUCAGAUUUUGAAAUACACACAAUGGCGCAACAGUUUGUGGUAAUUGAAAUAAAAUUCAUAAACAUCUUCCAUAUAAAAGUAAUAUUUUUUCAGUGUUUAAAUAGGUAUACGCUACCCGAUAAUUUAAUACUCACAUCUGGGAAAUUCAUGUAUCUAGAUAAAUGCUUGCCAGAAUUGCAAAGAGGUGGACAUAGAGUGCUAAUUUUUAGUCAGUAUGUUAUUCUAUUGAAUGUUCUCGAAGUUUAUUUGCAACUUAGGAACCAUAGGUAUUUAAGGCUAGAUGGUAGCACAGCGGUCAAUUCAAGGCAGGAUUUAAUUAACAAAUAUACGGAAGAUAAGGGAAUUUUUAUUUUUCUAUUGUCAACUCGCGCAGGGGGAUUGGGCAUAAAUCUUACUAGCGCAGAUACUGUUAUUAUUCAUGACAUUGAUUUCAAUCCAUACAAUGAUAAGCAGGCAGAAGAUAGGUGUCAUAGAAUGGGGCAGACACAACCUGUUACUGUUUAUAGGUUGAUAUCUCAAGGAUCGAUAGAAGAGGGCAUGUUAGCGAUGUGCAAAGAAAAGCUGAAACUGGAAAAAGAACUCACGACAGAUGAAACAGACAAUCCUGACGUGAAAAGCGUAGUAAAGCUUCUCUCUUCGGCGCUGGGAAUUGAUUCUUCAAAAGCUACAAAUCUGGUUUCGCCAAAGAAAGAAAUAAAAUAGUCUAUUGUAGGUUGUCAACUUUCAUGGUUAUUUAUAAUUUAUGUCUAGAUAGUUUUUUUGAGCACUAUUAAGUUUAUUGAAAGUGCAUUGUACACAUUUGGCAUCUUUUUUUUAAUGAAAUAAAACUUAUUUUUAUCAGA